AUGGGGAAGAAAAGAAAACGUGACAAAAGUGAAGAAUCUAUUCGAAAAAAGAUAAGAAAAUUGGAAAGUAAACUGCAGAAUCGUCGAAGAAUAAUUUCAUCAGACGAAGAUAUUCAGAGUCCAUGCGAAGACCAGUUUCUACAAGCAGACAAGAUGACAGGUGUGCUCACACCAUGUUCGCCCCAUACAGUGGAGACACACAAUUCUGAGCAUCAAGAUAGUUCUCAGUUUUUCCCUGCAGACCCAGCUACAGAACCAAUAAAAACUGUUGACCAUAAGCUAGAUGAGGGUAUUUUAGAAAUACUUGGGAAUGCACCUGAACCAGACACCACGCUAGGAAAACCUAUCCAUAAGGACAUAGCUGCCAAAUGGAUUGAGGUAUUAAAGAAAGGAUUAAAUAAGGAACAAAAAGAUCUAUUGGCCAAGAAAUAUUUAGUUCCUAGUAACUGCGAGUUACUCGUUCCUGAAGUAAAAGUUACUUUACUUGAACAAUUUAUAAAAAGAGACACUUCUUUAAUGAACAGACAAAAACGAUUCGCCAAUGCUCUUUCGGCGCUAGGUCAAUCCAUU